AUGAUCGACGACGAACGCCUUGGAAUUGGGCUCCAUCCGCCUGUCUCAAAGAUGGCGCCGCCUUGUGACCCAGGCUUACAUGGCGUCAUUGUGUUGUGUAUAAUUGGUGUAAGGACUGUCAAUCAAGCCACUUCCGGUUUCCGUCGGGGCGUCCCAGCAGAAACUGCAAACAAGCCAUUCAACAAACUGUGUUCAGGAUAUUUGACGAAAAUGCCACCUAAGAAUAAGGGAAAGAUAAGGAAAGUGAAGAAAGGAGCAGAAGGAGAUAACAUUGAGGAAAAAUACAAGAGGACAGUUCAACAAGUUGAAUCACUCAAAGAUCAGUUGGUUUUGCGGAAGGAUAUUGCAAGACAGGCUUUGAUGGUUAAAGAAGAGUGGAAAGCAAAGUUGCAAGUUCUCAAGAAUGAUUUGGCUGAAGAACAAGACGUUAAGAAGGCGAUCCAUUCAGAUAUGACCCGUCAGUACAAGACAAUGAGGGCAGACAUGGAUCUGCGAGUCCAUCAGCUGGAGAUUGAAAUCAGUCAUUUGCAGCAACAACUCACAUCAUGUCAGCAGCAAUUAGCAAGGACUCAGGAGGAGAAGCUGCAGAUCAUCAAGGAGAAAGAUUCCACCAUCAAAGAACUCCAGUCCAAGAUAGACAACAUGGAGACCGAGUAUGAGGCCAUCCUCCAUGAUAGCUUCGACCUGCUGCUGAACAAGCUGGAAGCAGCCAGGCUCCAGUGGGAGAAGACAGCAACAAGUUUCCACUCCGAACAGAAGCAAAAACUGCUGGAAUUUGGACUCAAACCUCUGGUGAUUUAAGCCCUGGGGGACCGUGGAUAUUUGAUUGGAGACUCCCCAGGUGUAAACUGUUUUCCUUUAUUCUUUCACAAGAUGCGGCUACCACAGAUGCGAGCUUCUGUCGCCCAUCUCAAUGCCCUUGAAAUGUGGGGUUUACAAAAGGGCAAGUAAGAGCCAACCGCUUUGCUGUGAGUCUGGAGUCACAUGAAUGCCAGAAGAUCAUUAAUGUACCUGAUGGUUUUUUUACAAUAAUCAACCAUGGUUAUGUUGUUACUGAGACUAGUUUUCAAUUUCAGAUUCAUUAAUUCAGUUGGUGAUAAUGUAAUCACUGUAGGGGUUGUCAUAAAUCCCUUUUGGUUCACUCAUGUCCUUUAGGGAAGAAAACUGCCACCUGGUCUGGCCUACAUACGACUUCAGGCCCACUGCAAUGUGGUUGACUCUUGACUGCCCUCUGGGCAAUUAGGGAUCGACAAUAAUUACUGACCUAGCCAGUGAUACCCUCAUCCCACGAAUUAAUAAAAACAAAUAAAAAGUACUAGUUAUGCUCCUGCUGUAACAGAUGUUUCCCACCCCUCCUCCCACCCUAUCAAAUGCUCUCCCAGGUCUCCCCCUGCCUCCCCUCACUGUUCCUAUUGAAGGGGUUACAGCAAUUUUCAAUCUUCAAAUUUGUUCCAAGUGGGAAACAAUUUAGAAGAGCUGUUGCAUGCAAUUUGUGUAGUCAGCCAGCACAUUGAGAACACUGUAACAUUCAGAGCACCCUCAGUGCCAAGGAGUCACAAUGGAUUGUUCUGCCUGACAAUAGGGUCUGGGAUUGUAUUCAAUCAGUCACUCAAGACAUUUUUAGUGUCACUCAGAGCAGUACAAAGAUUACAGGAAGCUAGAGCAAGAGACAGACAGGGACAGGAACAAGCUCCAUGCGAUAAAGAACUAUUAAGCUGGACCGCUGUAGAGUUAUCUAACAAAACUUUGUGUGCUGCGAACUCGGUGAGCAGUUGGGUAUCUGUGUGCUGUUAGAACUCAGGAAUAAAUUCUAGGAGUUAGUAGACAGUGAAGUGUUGGAUCCAGGGUGCCAGAAAAAUCUGGGCAGGUGAGGGAAAUUCCUGUGGCCUGUAAAUAUGAUUUCCAAUAAUCAGGAGAGCAUCGGCCCAGGAAUGUGGGUCACCAGAAUGUGGCAGCCAAUGAUUGAGUAGCUUCUGAAGGAGUUAAAACGUGAAGUCUUUGAUGAGAACUUGUAGAGUUUAAUAAGAUUAAUGUCACUAAAAUCCGAGGGAUUGCUGAGGAAUCAAUGGAAUGUAUCUUGACCACAUCUGUAAUUUGACAUCCCUGUGGGAUGUAAGGCCACAGUUUGUCUAUUACAGUUUGUCUGUUACAUCAGAUUAAUUCUGGAUGUUGGAAUAUAAGUUAAUAGAUAUUGA